AUGUUAUCUUCUGACGAUGACAUACUCUCAGCGCUAGAGAAAAAAUGGAAAAUUAAUGAGGUUGAUCAGUCUGAGUCAAAUGUUCAAUCACUGUCUGAUUCGGUCAGUAAUGUGAAAUUCAUAUCUAAGGAAUCACAAUCUGUAAUUGGUGACAAUGUUACACCAGAACAUGUUGAUGUUACCGAUCAUGGUCAGUCAAAGUUGGAAAACGUCAAACGUAACCUUCAAGAAGUUUAUGAUGUUGAUGCUGUUGACAGUUCUUCUACUAAACGUCCGAACAUUCCGGGUGAUGUUGAAAUAAAAGAUGCUAUCAACUUUGACCUCAUCACUCCAAAAGUAUUAAGGAUCAUGGAUCGUAUUGGUGAUGACAUGAUGUUUGAAGAGAUCUUAUCGAGACUACCUCCAAAGGUAGUUUGUCAAUUCAAGUGUGUUUGCAAACAAUGGUGUUAUGAGUUAUCUACACCAAAGUUUGUUUUAAUACAUACUCGACGACUUUCAAACUUACUACAAAAGAAGCUGCUCUCUUUGAAUGAACAUACCAUUGUCGUUGACGACAUAGUAUCUGGCAACUUGGAAGUCGAUACCAGAAAAAUCGUCACUUUUCCAUACGAUGUCCAGCCAUCAAGAUUAAUCAUUAUAGGUUCGUUUAACGGACUGAUUUUACUUUGCAUUAGGAGGACUGAUGCGAAUGAGCUCGUCCUUUGGAAUCCAACGACUAGGCGUUUUAAGUUGAUAUCGGACGACUAUUUUAGUCGUUAUUUUGGUCGACAUGACGAUACGGGUGGGAUGUACUUUGACGAGCACAACGAUCUGAAAGUGCUUCAUAUUAACUGUUUCGCUGGUGCAGUUACUGCUCGUGUAUAUUCACGACAUAAUGACUCAUGGAGAAAUUUGAGUUUCUUGCAAGGAUGUCGGUUAGGUUCAAACUUUUAUUCAUGGUCGGCUGGAAUUUAUUCCGGCAAAACAAUUUAUUUCACUGCUUCCAAUUACUGGAUUCCACCUGGUGAAAGUAACAUUGUUGCUUUUGAUGUUGUAUCUGAAUCGUUCAGUAUUCUUCGUUUUCCCGAACGUAUUCAAGUCAAUCCUUGCCAAGUGCAUUUUCUAACAAUUUCGAACAAGCUCCAUGGCAUUGUUGUUCGAUAUUCUGAUGAACUAACUGCAGAAUUGGUCAAAUAUGAACAUGAUGAUUGGAUAACGGUAUUUUCUUUCAGCAAUGCUCGCAUAGUUCAACAAUUGGAGCCGCAGCAAAGGACGAAUAUAAUUCAAAACAAUAAGUGGUUGAUAACAAGUAUUUGGGGAGAUACUGUUGAAGUUCUACUGUGCAACGAUUCUUUUAACUACAUUCAACAUGUUGACAGCUUUAACGGACCUAAAGACGCAUUAUUUUUGGAGAUAAUCGUUUCGCCUUUCCGUUAG